AUGGUCAUCUUCCGACACGCCAAUUGUCGUCACCUUCUUCUGCCUGCUCACCCCCGCAAGUACUUCGCUCUGCAUUCGCCCCCACCCACCCACCCUCUCCAAAUCUCCCACAAAUUCGCUGAAAUGGAGGAAUUCCCUGUACAGAAGCAGAGCAGCCUCAAGGCAGACAAGUGGACCGGGUGCGUCCUCUCCCUUCACGCCAAGCUUGGCAUCGCCGCCAUCACAGACCGUGGCAGGCCAGGGGACAGGUUUCACGCGUGCAUGCGCGUCUCCAGGGUUCAGGUUUGGCCGCAGUACAAUAAGAAGCACGUCAAGGAGAGCUUCUCGUCGACGGAGGUGAUGCUGACGGUGCGCAUGAAGGGAAUUCCUGCAAAGAUCGGGGUGCGUGAGAAGCAGAGCGCCACCGGUCCAGUAAAGAUCUACCGCUACACGAUAAAGGGGCACAAGGCGGAGAAGUACACGUGGAUGCUGCGCUUCAACAACUACGAAGACUUUGAAAAGGCCAUGCACCUCGUUCAAUCCAUGCAGACGGCUGGGGAGAACUAUUCUGUCGUCCGGUAUGGCGAGACUCAGCGCCUGGAGGAGGGAUGCGAAGGAGUCACCGGCGAGUUAGAAACAGAGGAGUUUCUUCCACACCCGGUCGUCUACGGCAACUUGAAGGAUGUGCUGGCACCGAUUCGCGCACAGUGGCAGCAAACACGGUCCAAGUAG